AUGGUGGAUAGUGAUAAUGAUUACACCUCAGAAGACAGUAAAAAGAGAAGUCUAGAGAUAGAUGCAGACAAUAUUUUUAACAAGAGCAAGAAACUAUCCAGAACACCAACCAAACAACAGAAAGAUGAAAACAAAAUUGAUCAGCUUUUAAAAAUGAUGCAAAAUUUAACAGAUCAAACACAAAGUUUAACAUCGGAGGUAAAAGGAAUAAAAGAAGAACAACGAGAAUAUAGAAAUGACCUCCGAGAAUUAAGAAAAGAAAUAAAUGAAUUCAAACAAAUCCCUUGGACUCACAUUUUAAGAGCCAAAUCCAACUCAAAAACUUCCAAGUCCCGUCGUGAAAAGCCUAAGAAACCUACAGAAGUAGAACCAAAUAUACUAGACGAACCUCUAUCAUGCAACAACUGCUUUAAAAUAUUUUUUAAUAAUGUUGCUUUUGCUCUACAUUCCAUAGAACACAGCGAAGAUCUUCUCUUCUCUUGUCAUUUAUGUUCUGUGAAGCUUAAGUCUGCUUAUAGGAUUGAAAAACACGUCAGAAGUCACGAGGGUUCGAAGAGGUACAAAUGUGAGGUAUGUGGGAAAGCUUUCAAGAUAGGCACUCAUGCUUUGGAGCAUGUGUAUUUCCACAAUGGUGAAAAGCCUUUUCCUUGUGAUAUCUGCGGAAAAAGAUUUAUGUACAGUAGAUUAUUGAGUUCCCAUAGGAGACUGUCACAUUACACUGUACUUACCGGGAAGCCUUUGGUAAAAUUCGACUGUAAAAUCUGUGGAAAACACUAUGAGUCAAAUCAGGGCCUGCAACAACAUUUGUACAGCAAACAUAACGACAAAGGUAUCGAUAAAUCUGUAAUAUGUGAGUUUUGUGGUAAAAAAAUUAAAAACAAGAAUAAGCUAAAGUUCCAUUUAAGCAUCCAUACAGGUGAUAAACCCUUUUCGUGUCUUGUUUGUCAUAAAAAAUUUGCUAAGAAGGACUUCCUACAAGCACACAUGCCUGUACAUACUGGAGAAAAGCCAUUUUCGUGUCAGCAGUGUGGAAAGUCCUUUGCCCAUAGGGCUCCGUUAUGGUACCACAGAAAAACCCACACUGGUGAGAAACCCAAUGUUUGUAAGAUUUGUGGUAAAGGCUUCAUUUCGAAACCAGCAAUGGACAUAUUGAUAGCCAGGAAGAUGGUCGGUUUGAAAAAAUCCCAGUUUGUAACCCAGCUCGUGAUGGAGUCACUGGGUUCUCAAUAUUUCUUACUUGGUCAUGUUGUUCCUCCUAUGAGAGACCUCAUCAUGAAUGGCAGAUACAAAGCCCUCUAG